AUGCAGGGCCUGGAUGACUGGGUCUGGGACUUAGUGGCCUAUAUUUUCAAGCAGUCCAGCUUGUCUGGCAGCCAAAUGAAGUCCAAAAACUGUUCCAGUCAGGCUGCUGAGGAGAAACAUAGCAUCCAAGCCACCUGUGUGGAGAUCCUGGAAAAUCUGGAUGUCUCAAUCAGUGGCAUGAGCCGAGUCUUAUGGCCCCAGCUGCUGGAGUACAUGCUGCCAGUUCAGUACAGCUGCACUCUGACUCCCCUGUGCCGUUAUCUCAGGGACCUGGCCAAGCAACCACAGUGGGAGGGUGAAGAAGUGGCUUGCACGGACUGCAGCAAAGGAGCCAAACUUCCUACUGCCCAGGGGCUGCUGGCGCGACUCCUGGUCAUUGGCAAAUACUUUCCAUCCAACCAGGCCCUUGACUUUGUGGGGAGCAUAAUGGAUGCCAUGCUGUCUUCCAGCCCCAUGUGUGUCACAGCAGCAGGACAUUGGCUUAUUACGAUCCUUAGGGAGCUUGGAGAUGCCCUUCUGGAUGAGGUGCUGGACAUCCUGGGUACCAUUUUUAUCUGGAUGCUGACAAUCCAGGAAAGAUCUGUGAGAGGCUUCCUGCUGGAAGGUGUCUCCAUUCUUGCUGGCUUCCAUCUCGAGGCAGUGACCAGCAGCCUCCUUAGAAAGCCUCUGCCAAUGGACAGGCUUUCUAUGGAGACCCUGGCCUGUGCCAUAACUAAGGGCCUUGGGGAGGGAGUGGCUGCAGCUCUUCGCGAAGAGGGAAGUUGGCCACUCCUUGAGAACCCCAAGAUGCACCAACUAGUGGUUUUCUCCUGCAAGGCUCUUAUCCCUCUGGGCAUUACAAUGCCCAAAUUCAUAGGGCAGGUCCUGCAGUGGGUCAGUUCCACAACUGAAAAGCUGCGCGUUACUGGUAUGGCCUUCAUCAGCCACCUUAUAUGUGACCCCAUCAUUGGAAACCAGAAGCUCCUGAAGCCAAUGCUUCAUUUAAUUCAACAGCAAGCCAGGGACUCCAAUAACUUGGUUUGGCGGAUGGCAGCCAGAGGACUGGACAACACAGUAUAUGGUGCCCCUGAACAACUGAAAAAACACCAGAACGCCAUCCUGGAGACCUUGGUCCAGACAUUAUUUGUGCCUUCCAGUGCUCAGAAUGAGGAGGGUAUGCACGCACUGGCCAGUGUCCUGGAUCAUCUAGGGACAGAUACGGGGCCCCUGGUUUUUGAUGAAGUCACACACAUCAGGCCCUUCUUCAACCAGGACAAUGACAACCUUCACUCAGUGGCUUUCACCCUUUUCAGCACCCUGGCAGGCUGCAUAAAGGGAAGAUGGAAAAACUAUUUUAGGAACCAGGUGAGGCAGAGCUUGGCAAUGCUCUUGUUUCCCCUGGAGGACCUCAACCUGCAGGUGGCCAUGGAGUGCAGAACAAUGCUGGGCCUCUGCUGCCCUUACCUGGGAUUAAGGAGGGUACAGGCAGCCCUGACCUUCUAUGUCCAGGGUUCAGGACAGGUGAAACAAAAGCAGCUGCUGAGGGACCUCUGCAGGCACUUGGCCAAAGAAAAACCUGCCCUCCUGGAGGGUCUCUGCCAGGCAGCCCAGAGGCACUACAUGAGCCUGUGGCCAGAGAUCUGGGUGGCAACCAUCACGUUUACAGGAUGA